GCCACCUCAGGAACAACCGGGAUGCUUCUGACGCAAGAAGAGAUCGAUGCGUGUCGGGAUUCGUUUGUGCACUUUGACAAGGACGGGUCUGGCACCAUCGACAAAUACGAACUCGCCAAGGUGUUGGAAGCGAUGGGGCAAAAGCCGAGCGAGGAAGAGUUGUUCCAAAUGAUCUCGGAAGUGGACGACGACCACAGUGGGGAGAUUGAGUUCCCGGAAUUCCUCAGAGUGAUCGAGACGCAGAAGCGGCGGGCCAUGGAGUAUGACGACGAGUCCGACUUCAUCGACGCGUACGUUGCGUGCGGCGGCGGCCCCGACAAGACCGGGCACGUCGAGAGGCGGGUGCUGGUGCACCUGAUCAAGAAAGACUUUGGGCUGCCCAUCGACAUCGACAAGAUGCUGGACGAGCUCGACACGGACGGCAGCGGCGAGAUCGAGUACGACGAGUUCAAGGCGCUGCUGUCGCAGUGACCCAUGAUGACAUGAUAUAAAAAUUGAUCAACGCUCUUGUUUUCGAUACUAGUAUUUAUUUCCGGAUGUCCUGGGGCAGCGCCUUCCCGUAUCCGGACCGGAACGUGGUGCCAACGGCGCCUUCGUCGACCGCCGUCUUGGUGGAGGGCUUCGCCCAUUCGAGCUUGAGGAUCAAGUGAUCAUAGCCGAAUCCUUGCAGCUUGUUCAGGGCCUUCUCGGCAUCGCCUCGGUAGGCGAAGCUGACAAAGGCAAACCCGCGCGACUGGAACGUCUCGCGAUCUUUGGCCAAGUACACGCGUUCCAGCGGUCCAAACGUGCGGAACAGAUCCUUCAAGUCGUCUUCUCGGGUUUCGGGGGAGAUGUUGGUCACUCGGAGCGUCGCGCUGUCGUCAUCGCGGGAUUGACGAGCGUCGUCGCUCGCCCCGGCACCAGCGCCGCCACGUUGAGAAGGCGGCACGUACUUGCCAGAGGUGCCGCCAAACGCAUUCGCAAGACGAGAGCCACCCGACGCAGCCGACGCAAACGAGGACGAAGGCGCGGCCCUGGCGUCUUCAGUAGGAGGCGUGUUCUCCGCCAAUUCGUCUGCAGUGGGAGGAGCAGAGUCCUUGUACGGGCACUUCAACGUCCAGUGAUCGCCGACCAUGCCGCAAUGACGACACACGACGAUGGAAGUCUGCUUGACGCCCGAGAACACGGACUCUUCUUCCUUCUUCUCGCCGGGCAAAAUUUGAUCCGCGUUCGGGUCGUCCAUGAACACAGUUUCGUUGGACGAGUACGUGACGUUCGUGUUGCCUUCUACAUUCAAGCCUUCCCCAAACUUGCCCCAUGACUACGAUGGAACAUGUAAGACGAGGAUUGGCAACAAUUGGGGACGAAAAGGAUGCAUUUACCUUGCGCUCAGUCACACGCUUGCUGAUUUUGUGUACGGUUUGGACCUUUUGGAUCUUGGUCGUGACCUUGACCUUGUUCUUAUCAUCGUCAAACUUCCAGGACACGAUCGUGCGCACGCCGUUGGCAUCUGGCUCCGUCUCCGUGCGCUGCGGGAGGAAGUCCUCAUCUUCGUCGCCCCAUCGUUGGUUCCCGAACGUCAUGUUGCUUUGAAUGGUUCCCACCUUCUUCCUGAAUGACGGAUAAUACUUCGUUUAACCGGAAAUCCACCCUUGGCAUGGUAUCAUAAUUAUGUAUGAGUGCCUUGUAAUCCAAAGUACAC